ACAACGAAUAAUCAUAAAGCAAUCCAGAUCAGUCCCAUGUAUACACGAGCUAUGAAUACAUCGGACAAUCAGACAUUUCCGUUAGACGACGCCUUCCGAGCUACUUCUUUCUGCAAACGCGCUGUCCACACGUUCCCCGCAGCUAUCUCUUGAGGUAUUAUGCGGGGAAAGAAGCGCUAGUUCGAGGAGUGCGGAAAGACGUGAAUAUGUUGCCCGCUUCGGACUUUGCUUGACUGCAUAAAAGCGCGUAUCAACACCGAAUCAUUCAGUAUAUUCAUUUGGCUCCUCCAUCAUGUCUUUCUCCUCUAAAGAAAAGGAAAUUGGCACAAUCGAGGUUUACGAGCAUGCACCUAGUCAGACUAGCCUCCAGUCAGCCAUCGACGCCGUGUCCGCCAUCGAUUCCCAAGGGCGGGAGCUUGCGGAGCGGAGGCUUGUUCGUAAACUUGAUAUGAGAUUUCUGCCUAUGGUCACUCUAAUCUACCUCAUGAAUCACAUUGAUCGGAGCGCCAUCACGACAGCGAGAUUGAAGGGGCUUGAAGAUGACUUGGGCCUCACGGACCUUCAAUAUAAUAUCAUCCUUUCCGUUCUCUAUGUCACCUACAGCCCAUCUCAAAUUCCAUCCAAUAUGAUCUUGAACUACAUUCAGAGGCCUUCACUAUACAUCGGAGGAUGUGUCAUCGCUUGGGGUGUUGUUAGCGCGCUCACGGGAGUCACUCACUCCUUCAAGGGAAUAGCGAUUUGUAGACUUUUCUUGGGCAUUCCAGAGGCUGCGUUCUAUCCAGGCACCAUAUACUUGCUUUCAAGCUGGUACACGAAGAAGGAAUUAGCCUUUAGAUCUGCCAUUCUGUUUUUUGGCCUUUUGGUAUCAAACGCAUUCGGCUCUUUGAUGGCAGCUGGUAUCCUUGGAGAAAUGGAAGGAGUGCGAGGCAUCAGAGCCUGGAGAUGGCUUUUCUAUAUCGAAGGGGCUGUCACUAUCUCUGUGGGCUUCAUGAGCAUGUGGUUGCUACCCGAUUAUCCCCGUAACACGCGAUGGAUGUCUCCAGAAGAAAGUCGACUUGCUCAAGUGCGCCUCGCAGAAGAUGCCGGUGAGGCCGACAAAGACAACAGUGAAGACUCGGUUCUCCAUGGAUUGAAACUGGCUCUGAAGGAUCCCCGAGUCUAUGCGUUUUGCCUUCUGAAUAUCUCUCAAGCUUUGGGAAUGAGCUUCACCAAUUUCUUCCCCACAUUGACGCAGACUCUUGGAUUUUCCACCACCAUUUCAUUACUUCUUUGCGCUCCACCUUGGAUCGUCGCCGCCGUAGUGUGUUUGUUCAAUGCGUGGCAUGCAGAUUCGACCGGUGAACGGUUCUUCCAUAUUUCGGGCUGGUGGUGGGCUGUUAUGAUGGGCUUUAUCAUCGCGCUUUCGACCAUGAAUACUGCGGCUCGUUAUGUGUCAUUGUUUUUCAUGGCUUGUGGAUUAGUUGGCACCAGCAUCACUAUUGUCUGGGUGUCUAAUUCAAUUCCUCGGCCGCCAGCGAAGCGUGCGGCUGCGAUUGGCAUGGUCAAUGGUGUCGGGAACCUGGGCAGUUUGAUAGGUUCUUAUACUUGGAAGUCCGUUUGGGGUCCUGAGUACCAUAAGUCAAUGUUUAUCUCUCUCGCUGCAUUAGUUUUUAGUACAACGAUGUCCCUUUGUAUCCGCCAGAGUCUCAUACGCGAAAAUGAAAGGCUGGCGGCCAACGAGAAUGCUAAUAUUGACAGUGCUCGAGUAGAGGAAGCUGCUCGUCUGGAAGGCAUCACAUACGAGCAGGCACUAAAGAAAAGGAAAGGGUUCCGAUACUUGUAUUAGAUGUCGGCGAAUGUAUACUAGACCGAUACCAUUCAUGCAUACCUUGUGAUAGAUUUCGACGCGAUUCCGAAUCAAACAACAAUUUCUAUGAUAGUAUCCGAUCCGUAUUGUCGAUAGUUCAAUAGCUCCUCAGCCGUUCUCCGGGUGUCUCAAUCGCAAUGCCUGCCGUAAUGUUGAUC